GGGAGGCGAAUAGUUGUUUACAUUUUUUUUUAAAAAAGCUUUUGUUGGCAUUAUUUGUUGGACUUUUAAGUAUGGGGAGAUUUUUGGCGUGGACAGCUCUAACAGUCUUUUCUCUCCUGGCAGUGAAAGUCUAUGGCCAGGAUCUGGACUUGUCAGAUGCUCUGGAUUUUGCUUCAGAACCAUCACCCACCCCAAAACCUAAUGUAGAUCCUGCCGGAGGGACAACAGGAGGGGAGGGAAAAACUGUCACUAAGGCCCCAGUGCCGUCCCCGACUAAAGACCCAGUGCAGCCAAAACCCAAACCAGGCUCUGAUGACUUUGACCUGUCCGACGCCCUGGACCCGAAGAACGACAUCGGCGGGAAAGGAAAAGAGAGCGGGAAAGGUGAUAAAGGACUGGGAGGAGGUAGCCGUGGCGACGGCAGACCCAGUAUCAGAGAAGGGAACGGUGGUGGUCAGUUCUCAGAUGACGAUCUUGCGGAUGUGGGCAAAGAUGACGGUUACACCCCUGACAAAGGCAGAGGUGGACGUGGUGGGGCUGGAGACUUGGAACCUGACAAUAACGAUUAUGACACCAUGGCAGAGACCGGUACCAUCGCCGGUAUCGUGAGCGCCGUUGCUAUGGCGCUGGUUGGUGCAGUCACCAGUUACAUCUCCUACCAGAAGAAGAAGUUGUGCUUUAGCAUACAGCAGAGUCUGAAUGCUGAUAUGGUGAAGGCAGAAAAUCCAGAGGCUGUCGUAGCCCAGGAACCCCAGGUUCAGCAGACUCUUCUUCAGCCUCCCAAUGCUGAACCUCCAACGGAGGAAAAUGCUGUUUAACCUGCAGUGCUCCCUUUUACCACAGGGGGGCACAAUGCAACAGCUGUGAACUCCCUCAGUCCGGAAAAAAAGCAACCACUACCCCUCCCUUCCCUUAUGUCGGUACUCCACCAUCCCACUUUA